AUGAACUUAAUUGCUGGUCCGCGGUUGAUACCCCUUAAAAAUCGGGCGAAACCAAAUGUGAGAAAAUUUGCAUGGCUCAGGUAAAUUCUGCCCCUACGUGAUUCAGUAUUAAAGUUGUCGUUAAGAUUGUCUAACAUGGGACUAAGCGCUUGUAUAUGCUUGAAAGUUCUUCAGCUGAUUGCUACUGUGGCGGCGUUGAUUGUAAAAAGGCUGUCAGACAAACAUUCGGAGAGAUUGUUUCUGAUUAACAAAAAGCAAUCCAGGGAAUGGACUCUUUUGAACAAUCUUUCUUGGUCAAAGGAAGGCGAUGAUUUUAGCACUCUCACGUUUGUGGGAUACACUUUUGUGGCAUCAGCUUUACUACUCACCAGAAUAACGGAAAAAACAUCGAACUAUGGUACUUGUGAAAUAAUUUUUUUAACCUGUGGAGUUCUGUUUUUCAUCAUAGAGGGGCUACUAAUAUUUUUCACUGUUGAACAACUACCUGAGAAUCUCUUAGUCUACGCCUACUCGUUGGGAACCCUUUCAUUUAUUUGCGCGACUCUGUUUGCUCUGGACCUGAUGUUUUUUAAAAACUUGCUUAAACUGAAGAAUUCUACAGCCCAAACAGAGCAGCUUAAUGAAACAGUGGCACUGAAAGUGUAUCACUUGUCCCAAGAACCAAAGACGAGCUGCUGCAACAAUAGUCCCCAAACACAAAUUAUAAAUGAAACAAAUAAGAAAUACUUACGAACGGAUUUGUAGACAC